AUGAAGGUAGAUCAGCUUAAAUAUAUUGAUAGCAUGCAGUUCAUGAAUAGUAGCUUGGCCAGUCUUACAAAAAAUUUAGGUGCUAACCAUUCAAUAAUAAGCCAGCAUUUCAAAAAAUUAGGCUAUAUAGAUGAACAAUUAACCUUAGUUUUACAUAAGAGAGUCUAUUUUUAUGAUUAUAUUGAUUUGCAAAAUAGAUUUAAGAAAACAGAACUCCUUCUAUAUCAUAAAUUUCAUAGUGAGUAUCAUGAUAUCUAUUUUAAAACAGAUAUAUUUAGCCUUGCAGAUAUUUGGAUAGUAUUUCAAAAAAUGUCUAUGGAAUAUUAUGAGCUCGAUCCUAGCCACUAUAUCUCUAUACCAGCAUUGUCUUGGGAUGGCAUGCUUAAAAUGAUAGGAGUUAAAAUUGAAUUAUUCACAAAUAUGGUUAUACAUGAUUUUAUUGAAAAAGUUAAGCGUGAUGGCAUAUCCAUAGCUUGUUAA